UCGGAGUCUCUGUCUCGCUCGGAAAUCAGCCCUGCGAGCGCUACCGCGGGCGGCAGAAUCAUACUGAAGAAUGUCUUGUAUGUGGGUGGCUUGAGCAAGUCUGUUUCGGAAGACAUUUUACAGGAGUUGAUGGGCACCAAUGAUGCAAUCACUUCGAUCAAACUCUUGAACGACAAGAACAGGCCUGGGUUGAAUUACGCAUUCAUCGAAUUCCGGUCGGACGAGCAGGCACGUGCUGCGUUGGAGGCCUACAACGGCCAACCGCUCCACGACUCCAUGCUCAAGAUUAAUUUCGCCUACCAAUCGUCAACAUUCACCACUUCCCAAAACACCGACGAGCAGUUGUUCAACAUUUUCGUGGGCGACUUGUCCCCUGAGGUUGACGAUGAGGCCUUGUACAAGUUCUUCUCGCACUUCCAGUCCUUGAAACAAGCACACGUGAUGUGGGACAUGCAAACCUCCCGGUCCCGGGGUUAUGGCUUUGCCACAUUCCGUGACUCUGCAGACGCAGAUCUGGCGUUGCAAUCGAUGAAUGGCAAACUGCUUCUUGGUCGUGCCAUUCGCUGUAAUUGGGCUUCUCACAAACAGGCCCCCGGGCCGAGACAGAAUGCUGCACGCACUCAAAAUCAGAGACCGUAUCGAAAUCAGUAUCCAAGAUACCAGAGCGGCGCGAGCCCAAGCCUUCCCAGCAACCAGGGUUUCGUCAUGGAGCCGUCCCCGUUUCCGCUUCCAAUGUCACUUCCCGGCCAGGAUCUCCAGCAACAAACUUUCGUGCAAGGCGCAGGUCCUCUGAUGAACCCUCAGCCAUAUGACGUGGUUGUUAGGCAAACACCGUCAUGGCAAACCACAGUGUACUUGGGCAAUGUGGCCCACUUCACGCAACAGAACGAUCUUAUUCCAAUCUUGCAGAACUUUGGAUACAUCAUCGACUUUAAAUUUCAUCCAGAGAAAGGAUGCGCUUUCGUCAAGUAUGACAGCCACGAAAGAGCGGCCCUGGCCAUCUCCCAACUAGCCGGAUUUAACGUCAACGGAAGACCCUUAAAAUGCGGCUGGGGAAAAGCCCGUGCUCCCCCCACCAACCCGUAUCAAACUUAU